AUGAAGCUGAAAUCUGGGUGUUUUCUGCAGCAUCUGCUUUUUGAUGAAGUAUACUGCUUGCUGUCAGUAAGAAAUGCUGCCGCACUGGGAGAGUGUUUCCAGCUCCUGGAUGUUCAUUGAAAGAAUUACCUGAACAAUCUGCAGUUUUAUUGCUUUCUCCAUUAUGUGACUGACCUGAAUACGGACCAGAUCAUGCUGCUGUUCAACUUGCUGGACUGACACACAAGGGGAAGGACUUGCUUUAAUGAGUUCUACAUGGGCUGCAUCCUCCUGUCCCACAAGAACCAUCUUGAAAAGCAGUUCAUCCACCGGCACACGGGACCUGCCUUUCAACUGCUGGACGUAGAUGGGGAUAAUAUGAUUGAUUUUAAUGAGUUUGAAGCCACAAGGUUUCUCUUCAACAUCCAGAAAGAAGUUAGAAAGAUAUUCAAGGACUUCGAUAUUUCUGGAGAUGAGGCAAAAUUAGAGAAAUUACAGUCAAAAGGGAGACCAUGAAAAUGCCCUUAAAUUCAAAAUUAAUCUUUGGG